CAAUCACUUUACCCAUUUAACAUCUUUCAACAUUUAAGAUAAAUUUUUUAAGUUUUCACUUUUGUAUGGCGGUGAAAUACCAAAAUGUAGCCAUAUUAUUGAUGCUGGUGGUCUGUGUCGAAGCGCAUCGAAUGAAGCGAUUAUCAUUGCCCGAAUUCCACGGCGAGGAGACCUUAAAUCUGGCCAAGUACGUCGUCUCCAUUCGAUCAAGAACCCCUUACAAGUAUUUCGGCGACAAUCACUAUUGCGGUGGAGGUCUUAUAUCCCCCUCCUGGGUUAUCACCUCCGCCCACUGCGUCAUGAGCCCGACCAAGAUAAUGUUUAGGGCGAGAUUGCUGCUGGUGGUGGCCGGAUCCCCGCACAGGAUGCGAUAUAUCGCUGGCAGAACCAUCUGCAUGCCGGUCAAGGAGCUCCACGUUCCGAAGAACUUCACCAUGCACAACACCUUCAACAUGGCAUUGAUAAAACUUCAGGAGAGUUUGCCCACAAACGAUCCGCGAAUCGGAUUUCUUCAUCUGCCAUCGGAACCGCCCACAGUGGGCGGCAUGCACUCUGUUCUCGGCUGGGGAAGAAUGUAUCCGGGUGGACCCCUUUCAAUGAACAUCUAUCACCUGAAAGUGGAACUCCUGGAUAACGGGUUGUGCAAGAGGCACUUUCAUCACUACCCCGAAGGAAUGAUAUGCACUGGAAAGAAUAAUUGGACGUCUGAAGCCGAUCCCUGCAAUGGCGACAUCGGAUCCCCUUUAAUAAAAGGAAUGGUGAUUGUCGGCAUAGUCGCCUAUCCGAUUGGCUGUGGCAUCAAAAUCAUUCCGACCGUCUAUACGGACGUAUACAGCAGCAUAAAAUGGAUCCGGGCGACGGCCUUCGGAAUAUCCAGCACCAUUAGCCCGCUAUCAUUGAUUGCCUUACUGGUGAUCGGUUUAUCCUAGCCAGUAAAGCACAAAAUGCCAAAUUAUUUUACUUACUGAUAUUAAUAAUUCCAAAUUUUUAUGUCAUUUUGUAGAGUGUACAAAAAAAUAUAUGUUUUUCAUUGUGUAUUAAUUUA